UGCAGCUUCCAAUCCCCUCUUCGGCCAUGAACCGCCUGCGUCUCCACCCUCGCGGCCACCACUCCGCCCUUAGAGUACAGCCCGAGACGGUCAUGUGACGCGUGUAUGAUCUACUCUGGACCUUUUAAAGAAAAGUGAGCAGGAAUUUCCUCAACAUCGCGGAAAGUUUUUUGUUGCGAAGCCAACUGGUUAACUCAGUAGCCUUCCGUAUUUUUCGCGUUUAUUUACAUGGGCUACGCUCACCGAUGUCAGUGACAUAACGGGGUCUAGUUCUCUGCGUCACCUUUUCUCUCAAGCGGGUUCCUAAAACUGAGCCAACGAAAAACAGUAACUUCUCAAUUUCCAGGCUGUUCUUGACCCCGGACUGUAAGCCGAAGCCGAAAUCAUCGAUACAGCAUCUGUGAAGAGGCUCCAGACUGCCGCCAUGCUGAUGUAUGACUACCCGGUGAAGACAGACAUGGAAACGUCGCUGUAUCAGCCUUACCCCGCCCUGAUCAAGUCCCAGGCAGAGGCCUAUAGCGUCGUCUUUGCCCCGCCCAGUGCUGCCGCCCAAAUGGAGCCCGUCGACCUGUCUGUCAGCAAACGGGCUUCCUCCUCCUCCUCCUCCUCGCCCUCCCCCCCCUCGUCCCGCAGCUCUCCGGUCUCCCCCUACAGCCUGAGCGGUGCGUCUGCAUCUGGGACCCCCCUGUCCCGCGGGGGUUCCCCCAUGCACAGACGCACCCCCCCAGGCCUGCCCGUCCACUUCCUGCUUCCGGGCUCUGGGGCCAGCGUCAUCCCUGUGCUCCCCAGCGUCAUGGUGCAGCCCUUCCCAGUUCUGUACCCCCCCCACCUGACCAUGACCCCGCCCCUCAUGGUGUCCCGCCUCUCCGGAGACCACAUACAGAGCCUGGGCCCCCCGAGUCAAGCGUCGUCCCUGAAGGAGAUGAGCCGGGAGCCCGGUGACCUGCCCAAGCCCAUCAAGGCCGAGCCGCACACUGAGCAUGCUCAGGAGGCGUAUAGCGAGGUGGUGUCCUCCACCGUCAUCACCGCACCACGACCCUACAGCGAGAACGGCAGCCCCUCUGUGAUCGUGCGCCCGGGCAAACACCCCGACCCUGGAGACUCCCCAGAAUCCUUCAGGAAGCGCCGCAUUCACCGCUGCGACUUCGGCAGCUGCAACAAGGUGUACACCAAGAGCUCGCACCUGAAGGCCCACCGCCGCACACACACAGGUGAGAAGCCCUAUAAGUGCAUGUGGGAGGGCUGCACCUGGAAGUUCGCUCGCUCGGACGAGCUGACGCGCCACUUCCGCAAGCACACCGGGGUGAAGCCCUUCCAGUGCAGCAGCUGUGAGCGCAGCUUCUCCCGCUCCGACCACCUGGCGCUGCACAAGAAGCGCCACCUGCUGGUCUGAGCCCCGCCCUCUCUGCCCCACCCCAUCCCGCCCACACGCCAACCACGCUCUGCUGCACUGCUCAGCUGCUGACUGCCGCUCCUUGGGGGAGGUGCCUCUCAGGAUUGCCCAUGACAACCCUGACUAACCAAAGCCAGCAUCAGCAUAAGCCCUUUCUCAUUGGAGCACAUCAUACCGACAUCCAGUGCUGGAUCAAGGACCCCCACCGACUGGUCCCCUCACCCCUCGUGCCCCCUUACCCCAAACCCCCGCGCCCCCUCACUCCUCACCCCCU